CGCCCGCAAGGCAAUAUUACGACCUGUAGCCCCCUGCUCAUAGUUACCCAUCGGACUCCGCCUGCUACUUUUACCCCUCUUGCUUGCUCUCGCGCACUCCUGCUCUAGCUCUGGCUCUAGCUCUGGCCCGUCCUCCCCUGGCUGUCCCAACAACCUCAAGUAAUUCCUAAUCCGCACCUUCAGGCCCCAUGUCGCUCUCCGCCAACGACAACUCCUUUUCCCGCGUCUCCUCGGGCAAGACCCCGCCCCCCGCGCCCUCGGCCGCUUUUGCCAAACGCGCGAGGGAGCUCGAGGCUGAGCAGACCAUUGGCGCCAGAUACAGGCCUCCCGCGCUGCGCGCCCUCGCCUCGGGUGGCUCUCCCCCCAACGAGCACCCCCCGUCCGCGAACACCCCGACCGAUCCCUCGGCUUUACCCCCCACCAACUAUCCCCCGGGCUUCAGGAGGGCGAGGGCCGGAACCUUACCUUCCAACGUACAGCUGGCCGCCCAGCGCUUCGCCGCUGCUUCGAGCAACCUAGGCAGCCCCGUACAGUCCACCGAGUCCUUCUCCGACCAGCUCAGGCAGCGCGCCGAGCUCGGGACCCCGACGUCCACGUCAGCGGCAGGUGCACCCGUGCGCCCCGGCUUACGUCACUCGGCCUCUGUCGCCUCGUCCGUCGCUUCGUCUGCUCUUACCGAGCGCAACAGCCGUCUCCGUUCGGGCUCGCUCACGCUGCCCACUGGGGGGCUCUCGAACGCGUUCGGGCCGUCCAUCUUUUCGUCCUCGUGGCUCUCGUCGCGCACGGGCGUAAACGGGCUGCCGAUCCUGGACGAUUUGCGCUCCGUGGCAUCCAUGGACUCUGGCGCUGACGACUUUGACGUGCACACGCUCGAUUAUCUCGGUCUGGACGAUGGUUUGCGCCACCCUCCGGCGGCGACGAUCUCGGACUUGCGCAACCAGGCGCAGGCCGCGAUCACGGCCAAUCUGAACAGCAGUCACUCUCGCAUGCGGGCCAGCACGGUCUCGAACCCGUACCACAUCCGCCCGUCGGCCGCCUCGCUGCUGUCGACCCCGAACGGUGAAGAGGAGGAGGAGCUCUACGAGGAUGAUGUGUACCGCCGUGGUGGGCAGGGCAUUUAUGGAGAGGCUGACAACAGCAACUAUCUGUCGACCGACUACAUCGCCCAGGGCUUCAAGCAGUCCGACCACCUCAGCGUGGGCCUCGGCACCCGCCCGCGCGCCAUCUCCGUGGGUACCCUCGAUGACUCUACGUCCCGCCUCCACCGCCGUGCUGGCGUCGGAGAGAUGCUCCCCAGCUACGGAGGCGACCUCUCCCUUCACUCGGGUCUCGGUAGCUCCAACCUGAGCCCCGCGGGCAUUCUGCGUUCUGACAAGACGGCUACCCCGAGGAACGGUUUGGCUGCGAGCGUGCAUUUCCCCAACCAGGAGCCCCCUGCGAGCCGCGCUUCGGCGUACCUUGCCGCUCCCUCUCAAGGCCAGAACCGUGCUGUUUCGCCGAAGUCGGAGAAUCCGUCAGGGCAGAUGCAAACGCCGACCCGCUCCCUCUGGAUCGGUAACUUGGACAGCUCAUUCAGCAGCGAGCAGCUCAUCCAUGUGUUUGCACCGUACGGGGCGAUUGAGUCUCUCAGGUUGCUUCCCGAGAAGGAGUGCGGCUUCGUCAACUUCGUCGACCAGGCCGAUGCCAUCCGUGCGAAGGAUGACGUCCUGAACCGCCUUGGUGGGGACAUCGGCAUGCCUAACGGGCAAACCGUGCGCAUUGGGUUCGGUAAGGCAGACAGCGCGCCGGUCGCUCCUGCGAAGGGUGCCAACCUCAACAGCCCGAUCGCUACGUCCCCUGGUGGCGUUCUUGGUAAGGCCGGCAGCAACAAUGUUGGCCUGUCUGGAAUGGACGCGCAGCUGCAGUCGACGCCUACCCGUGCCCUUUGGAUCGGGUCGAUCCCCUCGACGACGACGCCCGCUACGAUCCUCAGCGUGUUCAGUCCCUAUGGACCAAUCGAGUCUGCGCGUGUCCUGACGCACAAGAACUGCGGUUUCAUCAACUUCGAGCGUCUGGACGAUGCCGUGCGGGCCCGCAAGGCCCUCAACGGUCGCGACGUCCUGGGCAGCGAUGUCGGUGCCAUCCGCAUUGGCUUCGCCAAGGUCCCCGUCAAGAACGGACAAGAUGGCAGCGGCGGGCAGGACGAGGGCGCGAAUGUCAACGUCCAGGGUGUCGGCGACCUCAGCGUCGGUGCCACUAUUCACGCUCUCCGCAAUAUUAAGGGUGCCUCGACCAUCCCGGUCGACCAGCAAGUGCUCAGUGGCUCCUUGGAGAACUACCGCUCGAACCUUCUCCUCAGCAUGAUCGCGUCUGGGGCACACACUGGAUACGAUGGCCCUGGCAAGCCUGGGUGGAGUGCUUCAGUCACCGAGCAGCAGAUGAUCAUGAAGGAGCUCAGUGGAGGCAGCCCCGACGCGGAGGCUGACAUUCACGCUCUGACUGAGUUCCGCCCGCCCACGAUGUACUAUACCACGAUUCCCCUGGUCUCUGAGAGACCGCACAACAGGCGGUGGGAUGCGUCGAAGCUGCGUGAGCUCCGCAAGAGGCUCGAUACUAGCACGAUUACGACCGAAGAGAUCGACAACGUCGCCGCCGACUUCCUGGACGGCGAGAUCGUCGACUUGGCGUCGGACUGGCUCGGGAACACGGUGGUGCAGAAGCUGUUCGAGAAGUGCUCGUCCGCGCCCAGGAUGGCUAUGCUCGAGCGGAUCGCCCCGCACCUCGCCAUGAUUGGCAUCCACAAGAACGGCACCUGGGCCGCGCAGAAGAUCAUCGAGUGCGUCCAGACGCCCGACGAAGUCGCGCUCGUCACUGCGAACCUGCGCCCCUACGUUCCCCCGCUCCUGCUCGACCAGUUCGGCAACUAUGUCGUGCAGUGCUGCCUUCGCUUCGGUGCUCCCGCGACGGACUUCCUGUUCGACGCGAUGGUGGACCGGCUGUGGGAGAUCGCGCAGGGACGCUUCGGCGCGCGCAGCAUGAGGGCAUGCUUGGAGAGCUCGCACAUCACGCUCAACCAGCAGCGUCGGAUUGCUACCGCGGUUAUCCUCAACUCGAUCCCGCUAGCCACUAACCCGAACGGUGCUCUGCUCUUGACCUGGCUGCUCGACACCUCGAGCUUCCCGUCGCGGUACAACCUGCUGGCGCCGCGCUUCACACCGCACCUCUCGCACCUGUGCACUCACAAGUUGGCGUCGCUGACCGUGCUGCGCAUCGUCAACCAGAAAGUGGAGCCCGAGGCUUCCAAGCAGAUUGUAGAGGCCCUGUUCAACUCGCCCGGCGACCAUGUACUCACCGACGUUCUCGGCGAUCAAGUGAAUGGCGUCGCUGUCGUCCACAAGAUCUUGACUAGUCCAUUCGUGGAUCCCGCGAAGCGCCCAAGCUAUGUGGAGGCCACCAAGCGUGUCCUAAUCGAGCUCAAGGUCAUCGCCACCCAAGCCUACCGUCGCCUGAUCGAGGAAGUCGGGUUGCCCGUACCCAACCUGCAGCCGACGUACUCGACGAACAUUCCCCAGCCUAGCGGGAAGACCAAGUUCACGUCGCAAAACCAGUACGGCGGCAUGCCGGGCCUCCCGGCAGGAUACCCCUCCAACGACCAGGGGUUGCAGUCGAUGAUGGCUGCGCUGCAGAUGGGCGGACAGAACGCCGCGUCCGGCCCUCCGCGCCUCCAGAUCGACCCUGGCUACAGCCAGAACGGCGGUGGCGCCCCUCCGCAGCGCGGUGGCCGCGUGUCGAACCCACCCUCUGCGUUCUCGCCUGCCUCCGACCCCUUUAACCCCUUUGCGGCGCGCACGCCUGACGCCAACACGCCGAGGAGCGGUGUGCCCCGCCGCAACGGCGGGAUGCCGCCCGCCAACACGCACUCGCCGUCGCCGAUCCCGUAUGGCUCGCAGUCGCCGAACAUGCCGCAGGGCAACCUCAUGAACAUGAACCAGCAGCCGGCGUACAACGGGAUGCCGCCGCAGUCGGUCCCGCCUCACGUCUACCAGGCGUACAUGUACCAGAUGUAUCAACAGCAGAACCCGCCCAACAUGGGCACCUUCCACGCCUAGAUCCGUCCUCUCCCUGCACCCGUAACCGCUACCGGUCUCACGAACGUCACGACCUGCUCUCCGACACACACCCUGUCGAGCUACGCUACGAGGAUAAUCCGAUCUUUCCGCCCGCUCUACCCCUCUCGAUGUGUUCUACAUAUUAUCGUAUUGAAUCGCGGCGCGGCAGCGCGUGCGUCCCCUCGGCGCCGCCUGCACCCCGCCUUCCAUAUACCCCGCCCGGUCCCAUCUCAUCUCACCCCCAAUGUCAAUAACUCCCCAUAGUCGCGCGCGUGCUCACUCGUUUGGCUCAUGUCCUGCCCCCACCCAAUGUCCCCAUGUCCCAAUACUUUCUCCCACCAUACUUCCGGUACCUGAACGUGAACUCGAU